AUGUCAUAUAUCAAGCUGCAGGUGCAUUCGGCAGCUCAGCUGGCGAUGUUUGAAGAGAUCAGAAGUAAAGUUCUAUUGAUUGCCGGCCAAAUCCAUCUCCAUGUCAAUCCAAUUGGAGCACAAUGCAGCCUUCUUGUACGGUCUAUAACACGAGCAGCUUUCAUCACUGCUACACCACCAGGAAUGGCGUCGUCGUCCUCCUCCUCUCAUGCUUUCUUCUUCGACAUUGCACUCCUCUUGCUUUCACUCGCAUCCACUCCUUCGGCCUCCAAUGCCAACCUCUUCCGCGAGUACAUCGGCGCCGACUCCAGCAACGUCUCCCUCUCCGACGUGCCGAUAAACCCCGGCGUCGAGUUCCACUUCAUCCUAUCCUUCGCCGUCGACUUCAACCUCUCGGCCCCGCACUUCCCCACCGACGGCGUCUUCGCCCCCGCGUGGGACACCGCCCGCAUCACCCCUGCCCACGUGGCAGCCUUCAAGCGCCGCCACCCAAACGCCAAGGUCGCCCUCAGCCUCGGAGGCGACACCCUCGGCGACAUCGCCGUCUACUUCGUCCCCUUCUCCGUCGACGCCUGGGUGGACAACGCCCUCGCCUCGCUGACGCGCAUAAUCCAACAGUACCACCUCGACGGCGUCGACAUCGACUACGAGCACUUCGUGGCAGACCCGGAGACGUUCGCGGAGUGCAUUGGGCGGCUGCUGGCGGCGCUGAAGGCCGGCGGCACAAUCUCCUUCGCCUCCAUCGCGCCCUUCGAGGACGACGACGUGCAGCGCCAUUACGCGGCACUGUGGAGGCGGCACGCUCACUUGAUCGAUUACGUCAACUUCCAGUUCUACGCGUACAGCGGCAACACGACGGUGGCGCAGUUCCUGCGCCACUUCGACGAGCAGAGCCGCAACUACGCCGGUGGGAAGGUGCUGGUCAGCUUCGCCACCGAUGACGAGGGAGCAGACGGCGGGCUGUCGCCGGAGCGAGGGUUCUUCAACGCGUCGAGGAUUCUGAAGGGGGAAGGGAGGCUCGAUGGGAUAUUUGUUUGGUCUGCCGAUGACUCCAAGAGAACUGACUUUCGGUACGAGGUGCAGUCGCAGGACUUGUUAACGGGCAAAUAUUAAACGUCGAAGCAAAUACUAGAUUCUAUACGUUGGGUUGGAUCUUCCAAAAUCUAAAACACCUAAUAGAAUGAUGCUCAAGCGUGGAUCCCGGGUUGAAACUUAGGGAUUUUCUCUUCUCACAGAUUUGAGAAAGCGGACCAUUUGUAUCCACAAUGAUAAUUUACUUACAUUGGAGAUGUUCUGAUCA